AUGAACAGGAACAGUAACAGUAACAAUAAUAAUAACGUGAACAGGAACAGUAACAGUAGCAAUAACAGGAACAGAAACAGUAACAGUAGCAAUAAUAGGAACAGGAACAAUAGCAAUAACAGGAAUAGGAACAAUAGCAAUAACAGGAACAGUAACAAUAACAGUAGCAAUAACAGGAACAGUAACAGUAGCAAUAAGAGGAACAGGAACAAUAGAAAUAACAGGAAUAGGAACAGUAGCAAUAACAGAAACAGUAACAGUAACAGUAGCAAUAAGAGGAACAGUGACAGUAGUACUAACAGGAACAGGAACAAUAGUAAUAACAGGAACAGCAACAGUAACAGUAGAAAUAGCAAUAAUAGAAAUAAUAACAGUAACAGGAACAGUAACAGGAACAGUAACAAUAACAGUAGCAAUAACAGGAACAGUAAGAAUAGCAAUAACAGGAGCAGUAACAGUAACCAUAGCAAUAAUAGGAACAGGAACAGUAACAAUAGCAAUAACAGGAACAGCAACAGUAACAGUAGAAAUAGCAAUAAUAGAAAUAAUAACAGUAACAGGAACAGUAACAGGAACAGUAACAAUAACAGUAGCAAUAACAGGAACAGUAAGAAUAGCAAUAACAGGAGCAGUAACAGUAACCAUAGCAAUAAUAGGAACAGGAACAGUAACAAUAGCAAUAACAGGAACAGAAAUAGUAACAGUAGCAAUAACAGAAACAGUAAUAGUAACACUAGCAAUAACAGGAACAGGAACAGGAACAGUAACAAUAACAGUAGCAAUAACAGGAACGGGAACAGUAACAGUAGAAAUAACAAUAAUAGAAAUAAUAACAGGAACAGGAACAGUGAUAGUAGCAAUAAAAGGAACAGCAACAAUAACAGUAGCAAUAACAGGAAUAGGAACAGCAGCAAUAACAGGAGCAGUAACAAUAACAGUAAUAAUAACAGAAAUAGGAACAGUAGCAAUAACAGGAACAGCAACAGUAACAGUAGCAGUAGCAAUAAUAGAAACAAUAACAGUAACAGGAACAGUGAUAGUAGCAAUAACAGGAACAGCAACAGUAACAGUAACAGGAACAUGAACAGAUAA